AUGCGCCUCAUCAGUAUUUCAGCUAUUUAUAUCAUUCUCCAGGGAUUUAUCCUUACUGUUUGUGCAGCGCCAGUCAACAAUUACUCGGACGUGAACACUACUUCCACAAAUACCUUGCAAGCUCGCAAUUACGAGAACCGACGCACCAUCAAGAAUUCCAGUGCCCUUGAAGAGCUCAAGGGGCAGGGGCUCAGCAACACCGUCACUCCAUCCGAUCCUUCCCAGGAUACCUCUUCCCCUCCAGCGACAUCUACUUCUUCUCGCGAAGAGCGGCGUUCUAUAAAGGAAAAAGUCCACAACGCCCUCGAAGCACUCAAGGGUAAUACUCCCAGCUCGGGAAGUAGCAGUAAUCCUUCGCCUGAUUCUUCUCCGGACACUUCCUCGUCCGCCACACCCCCGGAGAGGAGAUCAAGGUCUCGUUACGAAAACGGUCGUUCUAUCAUGGAGAAACUCACUCAUGUCGUCGAAGCUCUGAAAGGACAGGGUUCCACCGCCGUGGACAGUAGUAGUACUUCACCUGAUCCUACCCAGUCAUCCUCUCCAGGGAAGAGGUCUUUCUCCGAUGGCAAAGAGAGUCGUUCUAUCAAGGAAAAACUCUCCAAUGCCCUCGCAGCACUCAAAGGACAGACCCCCAGCUCGGGAGAUAGCAGCACCAGUACUGCAUCCGAACCUUCCGAUACCUCAUCUCCCUCUCCAACGAGAAGAUCUCUCUCCCGACGUCUCAUGCUUGCUGUAGCUGUGACAGUGUCUGAAGGCGAGGCUCUCACACCAUUUGUAUCUCCGUCUCAAAUUGCAGUCCGAGAUGUCAUCCGCGAGCUUCUUGAAGCCGCAGCCCCCUCGCUAGCACUUGGGACUCACUGGAGAUUGGAUUGGGAGAACAUCCCCUCCCCGAAAGCUGAUGCCAAGUCGCGGAUUGAGUUCUCAAUGACCGGGCCAGAGAAAUGUGGUGGGACGUGUACUGCAUGGGUGGAAGAGAAGAAGCAUGAAAUCAAGGAUCAUAGUGGCAAAGUCAUUUACCCCUGA